AUGGCCGAAGCUCUAAGAGAAGCCGCGAGCGGCGGCGGCGGCCUCAGGACACCGUCGGAAAGUGCCAGCGAGGAGGACUAUGAUGAGACUAAACACCAGACUCCACCCGUGUCUGUCAUGGUGCGUCGCCGUGGUCAACGAGACUCUUAUGACAGCUCGGCCACGGGCACUCCCGACAUCGUGACAUUGGACACACAAACUUCGAGCCUAGGGGGCGCCUCAAGCUCGGAAGACCUGAGGAGAAUGUCUGCCGCUGGCGAGAAAAGAGGCAAGACGUACGUCGUGGCCUCGGACGACACGGAGCUCAGGGAAAUCCUGAGAAAGAGCUUGGAAAGGGAGAAGGAGAAGACGCAGCCCUCUCGCCGAGAGAAGCUGAGGGACAUGGUGUUCACGCGCCAGUUCUCGGCUUUCGACCGCCAGAACCAGGCGGCCGCCAACAGCCCCUUUCAGGGCUUCUACGUGCUCUUCUGGAUCUCGGUCGCGCUGCUCAUUGUCAAGAUGGGAGCGGACAAUUGGAGGAAGACUGGCAGCCCGCUUGGGACCAACGAGAUUAUGAAGUACAUGUUCAGGAGAGAUGUCGUCGUUCUUUUACUAUCCGAUGGUGUCAUGUGUGGGUUGACGGGUUUUGGAUUGGUACUCCAGAACCUGAUUCUCAGAGGAUGGUUGGACUGGAACCGCACAGGCUGGAUCCUCCAGAAUGUCUGGCAGACACUGUUCAUUGGCGGCGUCAUCGGCUUGACCCUUCUGAGGGAUUGGCCGUGGACCCAUACCGUCUUUUUCGUGAUGCACGGGCUGGUAAUGCUGAUGAAGCAGCACUCAUACGCCUUCUAUAACGGACAUCUGUCUUCGGUGUACAAGAAGAGGCGGCAGUUGGAAAAGAAAUUGAAGCUCUUGGAGCAUAUCUCGCCAGUCAACUCUCCGUCGCAAACCAACUUGCCCACUUCUGCCCUUUCAACGUCGCAUCUCUCGCACCGGCCCUCGGCUUCCGAGUACAGAGAGCGCCGUAUGUCCAUGUCGAAGGGCAACCUUGCAGACGACAUCGAGAGGAUCACGCGGGCUAUCGAUUCCGACGAGUCCCUGGACGCGGACCAGGUCCACCUCUUCGAGCGUAUGAUAAAAUGGGAGAUUGACGCACUGACCGAUGAGCUCAAGGGCAAAGCUCAGGACCUCAAGCGCUCCUAUCCCAAUAACCUGACGUUCACAAACCAGUACGAGUUCAUCGGGCUUCCCACGCUCGUGUAUGAGCUGGAAUAUCCCCGCUCGGACAGCAUCAACUGGGCCUACGUGGCAGAGAAGCUUUCGGCGUUGUUUGGGGUUAUAUUCGUCAUGAUCAUGGUCUCUCAGGCGUACAUUUACCCCGUCGUCAUCCGAACGAUUAUGAUGAAGGAGGAGGGAUGGACCUUAGCGGAGAGAUUCCGCGAGUUCCCCUGGAUGCUGAGCGACCUCGUCUUCCCAUUCAUGAUGGAGUAUAUGAUGGCGUGGUAUUUGAUCUGGGAGACGGUCCUGAACACCAUCGCAGAACUCACGUACUUUGCGGAUAGGAGCUUCUAUGACGCUUGGUGGAACAGCGUUUCAUGGGAUCAAUUCGCCCGCGAUUGGAACCGGCCAGUGCACAACUUCUUGCUCCGCCAUGUCUACCACUCAUCGAUCUCGUCCAUGCGGGUCAACAAGCACACGGCGACGCUCAUCACCUUCUUUCUGUCGGCUUGUGUGCACGAGCUGGUCAUGUGGUGCAUCUUCAAGAAACUCAGGGGCUAUCUGCUGAUGUUGCAAAUGUGUCAACUACCCUUGGUACAGCUCAGCCGGACCAAGUAUAUGAGGAAUCAGAAGACGCUGGGCAACAUGAUUUUCUGGAUAGGCAUCUUCACAGGCCCGAGUCUGCUAUGUAGCCUGUACCUGAUUCUCUAA